CGACGCCUCGGGACCCCGCCGCCGCUCCCUUCCCUCCUCAGGCCUGCCUUCCCCGCCGCCGCCGCCUCUCCGACGCCGCCGCGCGCCCGCCCGCCCCGUUUCCUCCCGCGGCCAGCUCCGGGUCCCCGGCGGUCCCGGGCGCGUCCGUCCCGCAUCCCAGCGUAGCGGCCCGCAGCCGCAGCGUCCGCAACUUUCAGCUCCCUCGGGCCCUCCUUGGAUUGGGCUUUGUUUCCGCCGUCAUCCUCUUUCCUGUGGGGAGUGUGAGCCGCGGCUAACGGGGCUUGCCGGCCGCGCGCGGCGGCCGGGGCGGAAGGUCGCUGCGACCGUGCUGCGGCGGCGGCGGCUCGGGGCUCGCCCGCGGGAUCGGUGCGGGGCGCGGGCCCAGCUCUGCUGUGCGCACGCCAGCUGCCGCUCCUCUACGGCACGUUUUGGGGCAGGAGGAGGCUGCUGGGGCUGCGGUCGCAGGAAGCGACCCCCGAGGGGACUUCAGCCCCUCAGGACCUGGUCGCCGCCCUGCAGUCUGCCCCGGCGUUAGGGGAGGAGGUCACGUCCAGCCUGGGGCAGUGCACCAUUGAGCAAGGGGGUUGUUAAUCCGUUAGCUCCUUCCAGGCCCCUUCUAGGAAAAUGAGGGGUUUGCGGCGAUCGGUGCUGCGUUGAGGGGUUGUGUGCCCAGGACAGCCAUUUCAUGCCUGCGUUGCUCCCCAAUUGAGUGGGAGACGCUAGGCGAGGACAGAUCCUCGCCGCAUUUGGGGUGGAAAAUAAGGCUAGUGUUGCCCGUGACAAGUUAGCUAAGGAUGACCAUCCUUCCAGGCACUUUGAUGAUAAUUGCAUUUUGAUCCCAUUUGAAAAGGUGGAAGUUACAUGGACCCUUUAUCCACCCCAAAAUCACAUACCCCCAGUUUUUCUCUGUAAUAGUAGGUGGUUCUGGGGCUUCCUGUUUUAGUAACCUUGUUCUACACACUGUUGGAGGUUGACUUGUGUAACUUGGAGACAUAUUAGUAUAUAUUUCCAAAGCCAUCCUUUACAAGACAAAAAAAAAAAAAAAGCAGAAGCAGCCUUUAAGAAGGGGUCUUUUGGUGGUAAUAUUUUCUAUUUUAAAACUACCAAGCACUAGGUAACUCAGAUUGUGGUUACAAUUUUGAAUAAUUCAGAUAUGUGCUAGUUUAGAUAUUUGAGAUGCGGGUUUUAAAAAAGUAUAUCUAUCCAUCUCCAGAGUUAGGCUUAAAAUCAUUCUGUUUAGUCCUGCAACACAUUUAGAGAAUGAAGGCCCAAGUUUAGUAAAACAAACAAAAAUCAAAGUUAAAUAGGGAGUUAUUUUUCUCCAAAAUGUACAGGAUUUGUCCUAGGAGGAGGAGGUGGCAGCAGUUUAGAGGUUUCUGGUGCUUAUGGAGAGUUCACCAGGUCUGCCAACCAAGUAAUUUUGAUGAUUGAUAUUCAUACUUCAUUAUCCCUGGGGGAUGGACAGAGUGGUUUCAGUUUGUCUAUACAUGUUAAAAGCCAUCUGUAAUGUCUUUGUAACUUAACCUCUUGAAAUUUAUUUGUGAUAGUAAUUGUUUAGAGGUGUAUCACAGAAGCAUUGUGUCUAUUUUUCCAUGGUUUUCUGUGAAGCAGAAAACAUCUUAGUAUUUAGAAGUUAAUUAACUGAAGCCCUUUUAUAAUAUUGCAACUUCUGGAAGUUAGCUGUGGCACAGAAUAUAGUCUGAAAGAAGAUACUUUAUAAAUAUAAUCCAAGUUUAAAGAGUUUAGGCAGUAUUUCUGUACAAGGAUAUGUGUUUUAUCUGGGCUUUGGCAGUGAGAAAACAUUAAGAUUUUUUUUCAUGUAUGUGCUGAGAAUGAAUUGUAAUUAUUUUUCAGGAGUAGCUUCUUUAUUCUGUUCUUGGACAAAUAAAUAUGUAAAAUUAUUUAAAGUUAGCUUUUGGAAGUAUUCCUUAGGUGAAACUUUUUGUGUUUCUUUAGCAGACGAACAGAUGGUGAAGGUCAGGGUGACUUCUGAGUUCAAGUGGGGAUCUUUUUUCCUUUCUGAAAAUUUGAUGAAAUACACAUUUCAAAAUAGUCAAAUAUAUCUUUUGACUACUUUGAGCAAGUUUAAAUUUGUCUGAAAACAAAGAUAAUCUGUCUUCUGAUUGAAUUUAUCAGCAAUCUCUUUGGUCCUGAGGGCCAGUGUGAAGACUGUUUAUGGAUAAAACAUAAUUCCUGGUAUUAAAAUGAGUUUAUCUCAAUAUGUGGGCUGAUUCUAGGUGUCUUGAAGCUGGUUGGCUUGUUUUCUUCUAACUAGACUAAAGGGAGAACCAAAGGUAGUACAGAACCAAGUUUCUAAAAAAUUAAAGGAAGAUUCUUAAGAAACUGCAAGAGGCUGGCGCCUUGGCUCCAUAGGCUAAUCCUCCGCCUGUGGUGCCGUCACCCUGGGUUCUAGUCCCUGUCUGGGCGCCGGAUUCUAUCCCAGUUGCUCCUCUUCCAGUCUAGCUCUCUGCUGUGGCCCGGGAAGGCAGUGGAGGAUGGCCCAAGUCCUUGGGCCCUGCACCCGCAUGGGAGACCAGGAGAAGCACCUGGCUCCUGGCUUCGGAUCGGCGCGGUGUGCCGGCCGCAGCGCACCGGCCACAGCGGCCAUUGGGGAUUGAACCAAUGGCAAAAAGGAACACCUUUCUCUCUGUCCGCUCACUCACUGUCCUCUCUGCCUGUCAAAAAAAAAUAAUAAAAAAAAAAAAAGAAAAGAAACUGCAAUAAAAGAAGAAAGAGUAACAAGCAUGGUUUGGCAAAUACUGAACUAAAAUAACCUUUACUUUAGGAUUUAAUUUUGGCUUUACCAAUUGUUUUUCAACUUUCCAGGAUAACUGUUAUAAACCAAAAUGAAUAUUUCCAUGCAAAGAUCAAAUGAAAGUUCCCCACCCCCCUUUUUGCCAUUUACAGUUAUGGUUAGAUGGCUAUUUUUUUUUUUUUUUUCAUUUUAUUUGAGAGACAGACUUAACAUCUUACAGCUGCUGCCUCAUUCCCCAAGUCUUCAGUAGCCAGGGCUGCAUCAGGCAGAAGCCAGGAGCCUGGAAUUCAAUCCUGGUCUCCCGCAUGGGCGGCAGAAACCCAAAUACUUGAGCCAUCAUGUGCUGCCUCCCAGGAAGGACAUGCACUAGCAGGAAGCUGACUCAGAAGUGGAGCCUGGGUUUGAAUCAGGCACUCUGGUAUUUGAUGCGGCAUCCUUAGUGGUGACUUAAGUGCUGCACCUAACCCUUGCCACUAGGUGGCUGAUUUUAACCAGAACAAAUAAUUAUACAUUUGGUUGAGUAUGUUUGAGAUUACCUCGUUGUUCAAAAUGCGUGCUAGUUUAAAAGGAAAUAUUUCCCUUAGACAUUUGAGGUCUAGCAUGAUAUAGUGAUAUUUUGAGUACUUAUUAAUAUUGCAGUUGUUAAUAUUCUUGAUAAGUAAUAUUUUAAAAUAUUAAUACAAUAACCCUUAAAAACAUUUUGAGGUAGAAUAUUAUACCUUAAAAGUCUGCUAAAAAUAAAAUGUGGUAGGAAACUGUUUCUUGUUUGUUGCCUGGAGCUUCAAGUCUACAUUUUUGUAGCUAAUGCAUUGUCAAAAGGUGUUUGUUUAGUGAUGUCAUAAUGAUAGUGGUAAUAGCUGGUAUGAUUACAACAAAUAAUAAGGUUUUCUGCCAUGGUUCUGAAUUAGAUGGAUGUAAGAGUACUAUGGUAACAAUUAAAUAUAACUCUGUAGCUUAAACUCAGCUGGACAUGUUCUUUCAUAAGGAGGGAUGAAUCUCAAGAUUAGUGAUGACUUUUGUGAAAUGAACUAAAUUAAUAAUUGGAAUUUGAUCACAUCUUAUCUUGAAUGAAGCCCGUAAAUUAAUCUGAGGCCAGACAAUAAAUGUGGAGGAAGUCAAGCCAGUUGAAGAGACUGAGAAGCAGCAGCCAGGGAGGCCCCGAUUAUUCAUCAGCAUGGUUACCUGGUAAUGAAUCAUUGUGGCAGGCCACAGCUGUUCCAUCUAACCAUCGAAAUAACCAUAUCAGGAGACAUAGUAUAGCUUCUGACAGUGGAGACACCGGCAUUGGAACUUCCUGUUCUGACAGUGUGGAAGAUCAUUCAACUUCAAGUGGCACGUUAUCUUUUAAGCCUAGCCGAUCAUUGGUUACUCUCCCUACUGCCCAUGUGAUGCCAUCCAACUCCAGCCCUUCAAUUUCCAAACACAGGGAAUCAUUAACAACAGAUGGCUCAAAAUGGAGUACAAGCUUCUUGCAAACAUUGAGAGACCACAGUAGGGGGCAGCAGGACUCCUCUCUCGACAUGAAGGACUUUCGGCCUCUUCGGAAAUGGUCGUCUUUAUCUAAACUCACUGCCCCCUAUAAUUGCAAGGAGGGUGGCACUGCACCAGCAGAAGAGUCAAGGAAUGGUUUGGAAAAGACAGGGCGGGGCAAGGCCUUAACAUCACAAUUAAGGACAAUUGGGCCUAGCUGCUUACACGAUAGUAUGGAGAUGCUUAAGCUAGAAGACAAGGAAAUAAAUAAAAAACGGUCAUCAACUCUGGACUGCAAGUAUAAGUAUGAGAGCUGUAGCAAAGACGACUUCAGAGCCUCUUCUGCUCUAAGGAGACAGACUUUAGACAUGACAUACAGUGCCUUACCUGAAAGCAAGCCCAUUAUGAUGAGCUCAGAGGGCUUUGAACCCCCAAAAUACUUAGGACUUGGUCAACAGGCCGUAGGUGGAGUUCCUAUUCAGCCUUCUGUGAGGACUCAGAUGUGGCUUACAGAGCAGUUGCGGACAAACCCUUUGGAAAACAGAACUACAGAGGACUCUUACAGUUUAGCUCCUUGGCAACAGCAGCAAAUUGAAGAGUUUCAGCAGGGAAGUGAAACACCAAUGCAGGUUUUGACUGGAUCAUCUCAUCAGAGUUACUCACCUGCCUAUCAAGAUUUCAGUAAGUGGGAAUCAGUGCUGAAAAUAAAAGAAGGACUUCUAAGGCAAAAAGAAAUUGUAAUUGAUCGGCAGAAGCAACAAAUUACCCACCUACAUGAGAGGAUAAGGGAUAAUGAAUUACGGGCACAACAUGCCAUGUUAGGACAUUAUGUAAAUUGUGAUGAUUCUUAUGUGGCUACUUUGCAGCCACAAUAUGAGAAUGCUGCACUCCAGACUCCAUUUUCAGAGCAGUCAGUGUCCCAUUCCCAGCAAGAUGAACUUGAGCAAAAGCUUGCAUCUACUGAGAAAGAGAUUUUACAGCUCAAUGAGUUUCUCAAACAAAGAAUAAGCCAAUUUAAUGAAGAGAAGAAAAAACUGGAGGAAAAGCUUAAAACCAGAGACAGAUACAUCAGUAGCCUGAAAAAGAAGUGUCAGAAGGAAGCUGAACAAAACAAAGAAAAACAGAGAAGAAUUGAGACGUUGGAAAAAUAUCUGGCUGAUCUUCCAACUCUGGAUGAUGUUCAGAGUCAAAGUCUACAGCUGCAGAUUCUAGAAGAAAAAAAUAAGAAUUUGCAAGAGACUUUGAUCGAGACAGAAAAAAAGCUUGAAGAGAUCCAAAAACAAUGUCAGGAUAAAGAGGCACAGUUAAUAUGCCAGAAAAAGAAAGAAAAGGAGUUAGUAACUACUGUUCAGAGUUUACAGCAAAAAGUAGAAAGAUGCCUUGAAGAUGGAAUCCGCCUUCCCAUGCUAGAUGCAAAGCAGCUUCAGAGUGAAAAUGAUAAUCUCAGAGAACAAAAUGAGACUGCUAGUAAGAUAAUAGACAGCCAACAAGAUGAGAUUGACAGAAUGAUUGUAGAAAUUCAGUCAAUGCAAGGAAAACUUUCUAAAGAGAAAUUGACAACUCAAAAGAUGAUGGAAGAUCUGGAAAGGAAAGAAAGAAACCUCCAGAGAUUAACAAAAGCACUGCUUGAAAACCAAAGACAAACAGAAGAGAUGUGCCCUUUACUGGAUCAGGGCCAGGAAACAGACCAGUCUAGGCAGCAGACAGUGCUUUCCAAACGGCCACUGUUUGACUUGACUGUGAUUGAUCAGCUGUUCAAGGAAAUGUCAUAUUGUUUGUUUGACUUGAAAGCAUUGUGUAGUAUUCUUAAUCAGCGUGCUCAGGGCAAGGAGCCUAAUCUUUCAUUAUUACUGGGAAUCAGAUCAAUGAACUGUUCAGCUGAAGAGACUGAGAAUGACCACAGCCCAGAAACACUCACUAAAAAGCUGUCAGAUGUGUGCCAGUUACGGAGGGAUAUUGAUGAAUUAAGGACUACAAUAUCAGACCGCUAUGCUCAGGAUAUGGGAGACAACUGCGUUACCCAGUGAUCAAGUAUUGGUCCCACAGCAAUAAUGACCCAUUGUGAAUGCUGCUGUGUUUCAGUUCUUCACCUUUCUAUUUAGGAGUUACAGUGGAAUGUUGCAAGUGACAUACGACUUGCUUAUAGAUUUUUUUUUUCCUGUGGAUGGAUUUGUUUAAUUAAGGGGAAAGGAUGUAAGGUUUUGAGGGGGCUUGUCUACUUAGGCAAAAAUAUCAAAUUAUUAUUUGAAAAUUGUGAUAAAGUCUACAAGAAAAAAAAUCUGUAUUCUCAAAACUACUGAUUGGUAGGACCAAGCUGUGAAGAAUGUCCUUCAGAUAAAGGGGUAAGAUUUCUUUGAAUCCUAUAAUUUUGUGUGUUUGUAAGUGCAUGUAUGUGUGUGUGUGUGUGUGUGUGUGUGUACUUUAUUCACAAAAUUAUAAGGAUUUCAUCUAAGGUCAAAGCAAAACUCCUGAGAAAGGCACACAUUAUUUAUUUGUAUAUUUCUUUUGUGUAGAAGCUUGUAUUGUACUUUGGGAUUUUCAACAGUUGGCUGAACAAGAGUUCCAGUAGCAGUGGUACAGCAGGCAAAACUGUAUGUAGUUUGAACAAUCACUCUGCUGAGAUGAUGAGGUUGUGGAGUUGGGUUGAUGUUAGUACUGUAGAUAGGUCAGCUGUUUUUCCAGAGUGAUUGUGGUUUGCCUUAGAGGUAGGAAAUUUUGAUAUGACAAUCUUUUUCAUUAGCACUGUAAUUUAUUACAAGGAAGUUCAUGUGAACUAAUUUUAACAUAUCCAUUACUAUUUAUAAUUUUUAUUUACAUAUUAUAUCUGUCAAUAUAUAUAAAGCCAUAUAUAAUUAAAUGCAAGCCUCAUUAGGUGUGAUAUAAUUAACGUCAAAGAAAGAUUAACACAGUGACUCUGGAACAAUAGCUUAUUUAUCCAAAUCUCAACGUUUACAUUUGACAGUUUUCUGUAUGUUUUAAAAUUGAAACUAAGAGAAAGCCAACACAUAUUCUUUGUAACUAAAUUUACGCUAACAUAAACAACCUAAACUUAGGUGAUGUUAAUUUCCUGUUACUAGAUAAGGUAUGUUAAAAACAGGGUUCUUCACAGAAUAUGAAAUUGGCUAGGCUAGUUCUUCAUGUGGAGUACAGGGUAUUACUAUGAAAUGCAACUGAUCAUUAAAUAGACACACACUCUUUUGACACUUCCAAGUGACUAAUGUCCGUGUUUUAGUUGAUAUUUUGGAAAGGCCAUGUAUUUUUUGGCCUUCAGGACAUUUACAUUAUUUUGGGUGUGCUUAGUUAUGCCAGAAUAUUUUCGUCUAUAAGUUGGUUUGCUUUCUUCAUGUAACUGAGUCUUAUUUAGUUCAAGACUAAAUAAGAUAUGGAGAGAUAAAGGAUAUGAAUCAAACACAGUGAUACUGUUGUGGUCAAGAGCAAGUUACAUGCGUCUUUUUGCCAGGCUUUUGUAUUGAUAUAAAGGCUGUUCCUAGAAAAUAUUUUUCUUAAAUAUUUUCAACAGUUAAAAUAAAUGUGGGACAAAGCCUUCAAAGAGACUGCCUAGAAAAACAGUUCAAACUUUUGGCUUAUAUACAGCUCUCAGUAAGUUAUUUCAUAGUCACAUGUGAGCAGUCAGUUGUAAUGCAUUUGUGGAGACAUCAGGUUUCCCUUCUGUGCACUACCUGAGUCCUCCCUGCUCUUCUUACUUCUUAGGUUCUGGGCACUAAGAUUAAGUCAGUGCUUUGUAGGGAUUCUGCACCCCAAGUCCCUAGGGAUGUAGUCACUGGUAAGAACUCUACUUUCUAAUGUGUUCAUUGAUUUUUAAUGUUAGUGAUUUGAAAAUAAUCAAGGAAUAAUGAAUUUGUAUCAAAAAUCUGAUGCAAAGAAUUAUGCCUUGCAAAAUUAAUUCCUGUGAAAAUAGCCUUUACAGUAUAGUAGUUAAUAACAUCUACAGAUCAGCCAAAAGGGCACCAUUUUUAUAUUGUCUUUUAAUAGAAUCCCUGCCCCCUUACCAUGAAUUUGCAAUGAAAGCACACUAAAAUAAUAGAACUGAUGAGCCAACAAUCACUCAUUUGAAUCCAUAGAUCCUUUAAUUAAUUCUCUCCAGUGUUGUUAUAAGCAAAUCUACAGUCAUUUGUUUUAAUCUGUUGUGGAAACAUUUUUGUUUUUUGGUAUAGUUGGGGAAAAUAGUUUUAUUUGUAUUAAGUAAGUUAUUUUCUAAAACUUAGAAUACUAAAAAAAUUUCAUGUAGUGAAGACUAAAUACUUUUGAUGCAUUUCAGUGUCCAACAUGUGUAUUCUCAUUUAAAAAUGAGUAGAGGUGUGAUAGUCUAACUUCUAAUUACAAAAUUUAAUCUUUUAGAAUUUGGAUUUUUGUAAAGUGGCCUUGCUAACAAAUAGCCUCAGGGGGAAUUUGGGGGAAUGAAACUAGUAGUGUUCUACCUUGACAGUAUUCAAAUUUUAACUUUUAUUUUUCUGAAAAGUACUUUUUCCCAAGACACUCUCUUGUGUGAUGAAGAUAGUGCAUUGAAAACAGAUUUUAUUGUUAGGUCAAGAUGGACAAAUAGCAGCACUGUAGUGUCUCACCCCAGUUUGAACUAGGAUGUUCGUGGAAGUUAGUACAGUGACAUAUGCCUGAAAUGAAGAUUAACCUAAAUGUUAAGGUAAAUCUAUUUGAAAGUUUCUGUAGAUAAUGAACCUUCUUUUUAAUUAUGCUUCUGUGAAUUAAAUGUCUUCUUAGGAGAUAUCUCAUAUAAUAUUAACAUUAAUCAUUAGUCUUUUGCACUUUGAAGUUGAUCUUACUCUGCGUCAGUCACUUUUCAGCAGAGAUAAAAUAACAGUUGUCUCAAUGAAAGACCCAAAUUACCUGUGCAGAUAAAAAUUAACUUUAUUUGAUGUCAGAAAAAAUAGGGUGACUUGAGUUAAACUGUUAGUAAAUUUUCAGUUGCAUCCAAUUAAAAAAAAACAAAAACAAAAACAUAAAUAUGGGCUAGGUAAGAUACACCUGAAUUUAUUUUAAAAUAUGUGUGGGCCCUCUUUCUAUGUGAAAUAGAAUUCAAUAUUUCUUGUUAGCAGUAUUAUAUUUGACUGAAGUAUAUUUUGUUUGUGACAAUUUAUUAAACUGAACUAGACUUAUUUCAGUAAUUUGGUAGAGAUCUCAAGGGCUGUAAAGAGUUGUUAAAAAUGAAUGUUGUACAUUUCUGACUCACUAAUAAGUUUAUAAAUCUAUCAUUGUGCAGCACUUAAUAACAGUCUCCUAGAGAAUAUUUUUAGAGGACUACUUUAUUAAUGAAAUAGACUUUAAAUACCAGUAUUAGUUCAUUGAAUGACAAAAUAGCUGCAAACCUGGACAUAUUUUUACAUGGCAUGGUUCAGAUCAAGCACACUUUUAGUUUGGAUUAUUGGUAUUCUCUUAUGUAGAUUUCUAUCACUGUAGAUAUGUAAUUACAAUAGUAAACAGUUCUCAUAACCAUGCUCAUUCAGACUCCAUGAAACUGCCAUUAGCUGAGGCUCUCAGAUCCAAAAUUAAUUUGUUUCCAUUGUUGGCAGUUCUUUUCAGUAUUCACAAAGCAAAAGAAAUUUCCCAUUUGGUAUGAAGAUGUAAAUUUCCAUCCUUACCCCAGAAUGCCAUGAGUGGUAUAUUGCUGUGUGAUUAUAUCAUACAUUUAAUCAUGAAGGGGGAAGAUUUUGGAUUUUUCUUGCUUAUAAGAAAUAUUGAAUAUAAUAAGAAUAUUGUUUCAAAUCAUUAAGUUAGUAACAACACUUUUGGACCUGCAUACAGCAAGAACCUUUUGUGCCUUUUUGCCUGCAGUAAGCAUUCAUUUCUGUUUUACAUGGCUAUUAGAAUGUUGAUGAUUAUUGCAUCUUGUUCUUCUGCAAAUAGACUUAAUUAAGGACUUUUUUUUUUUGAAGCAAGGAGCAGUUUUUCAUUACUAAAUGGGCACCCUAGUAAACAUCAGAGGAGUUAUCAGCUGUGUCUUUGGAGCCCACCCUUCCCUGUAUAGUGAGUGAAAAACUUCUUUAGAAUGUAUUCAUUUGUGUGUUUGUGUAUGUACAUUUAUGAGUAGUUAUUUAAGUAUAGAGACAAAAUUCAGCAUCACAUUGGUGUGAUGACAAGAAGUAGUAAGGUGCUAGGUGAUUAUAUUAAAAGCACAGCAGAGUGUUUAAUCAGUCCCUGUGACUGGUGGUAUUGUAAACUAGGUUCAGUUAUUGAACCACUCAGAAUACCUCGUGUAAAUACAGUGUUCAUGACUUAACUGAAAUACAGUUAUUGUAAAAAAGAAUGUGAAGCCACUGGUUGGCUCAUGCCUUUGGAUCUAUCAUUCUUGCCUCUUUUUUUUAUAAAGGGGUUGUUUUUGUUCUUGGUUUUUAAUAGCGUUUACAGCUAGAAUUUUGAAUGCCAAAGUUCUAUUUAUUAAAUUAAGAAAAAAGUUUUCACUGUUAACGGCUAGUAUUUUUCCACUGGACUAUUGUUUGUUGAUGUUGGAAUUUGUAUUUACAGAGAAAUAAAUUUUUUAAUUAAAAGA